AUGGAUACGACAGAAGUGACAGCCUUUAUCCCCCCCGAAAAUUUCGCACACUUGGGAAGGCUAAAGAACCGGGGGGGAAUUAAAGGCGUGAGAAAUGUGGGUUGUUUGGAGGGAUUGUCCAAGCUGGGAAGAAAGGCGAAGAGAUGGACAUAUAUGAAUGACCUGGGGAGUGCGUGCAAUUUGGGAAGUUUUAUCCAUCUGAAAAAUUUGGACGAUACUGAAUUGGAAACCCAAGAAAACCUAAAACAAGUGGAGACUAAAAAGUUUGUCCUAAAAUAUGAAGAGAAUAGAGAAGACAUCCUACGAAGAAUUACCAACAGCCUGAGGGACGACUACCCCAACAACAGCCCAAGUGGAGGCCUCCAAAGUUACUCAUCUGAGAGGAGGCACCAAGUUGGCUCCCCCCUAACCACCGACAACGCCAAUGUAGAACCUUUAAAGAAUAUGAGCUCAACGCACGGCCUAUUGAAGAUAUUCCUCAUAACCUUUUGCGCUUCCCUGGUGUUUUUCGCCUUUGUAGUUUUAAUAAAAUAUGUAUACAGCAGAUUCAAAGAGCACAUGGAAAAUCGCCUGCACAAGUACAGUAGUGGAGAGGAAGCGGUAAACUACAUCCCCUAG